GCGGCGGUGGCUCCGGCAGUCUGAGCUGUGAUGGCGGCGGCGGCGGCAGUGGGUCCUGCGGCGGCGGCGGUCCCCGCGCCGGCGGCCAGCGCGAAUGGCGCCUCCUCGGUACACUGGUUCCGCAAAGGGCUGCGGCUCCACGACAACCCGGCGCUGCUGGCGGCCGUGCGCGGGGCGCGCUGCGUGCGCUGCGUGUACAUCCUCGACCCCUGGUUCGCGGCCUCCUCCUCCGUGGGGAUCAACCGAUGGAGGUUCCUUCUUCAGUCUCUGGAGGAUCUGGACACCAGUUUAAGGAAACUCAACUCCCGCCUGUUCGUGGUGCGAGGACAGCCCACUGAUGUGUUCCCAAGACUGUUCAAGGAAUGGGGGGUGACCCGCUUGACCUUCGAGUAUGACUCUGAACCCUUUGGGAAAGAACGGGACGCGGCCAUCAUGAAGAUGGCCAAGGAGGCCGGCGUGGAGGUGGUGACCGAGAAUUCUCACACCCUCUAUGACCUGGACAGGAUCAUUGAGCUGAACGGGCAGAAGCCGCCGCUCACCUACAAGCGCUUCCAGGCCAUCAUCAGCCGCAUGGAGCUGCCCAAGAAGCCAGCGGGCUCGGUGACAAGCCAGCAGCUGGAGGGCUGCCGGGCCGAGAUCCAGGACAACCACGACGAGACCUACGGCGUGCCCUCCCUGGAGGAGCUGGGGUUCCCUACUGAAGGACUCAGCCCAGCUGUCUGGCAGGGCGGCGAGACGGAAGCUCUGGCCCGCCUGGAUAAGCACCUGGAACGGAAGGCGUGGGUUGCCAACUAUGAGAGACCCCGGAUGAACGCCAACUCCCUGCUGGCCAGCCCCACCGGCCUCAGCCCCUACCUGCGCUUCGGUUGCCUGUCCUGCCGCCUCUUCUACUACCGCCUGUGGGACCUGUAUAAGAAGGUGAAGCGGAACAGCACCCCUCCCCUGUCCCUGUUUGGGCAACUCCUGUGGCGUGAGUUCUUCUACACGGCAGCCACCAACAACCCCAGGUUCGACCGCAUGGAGGGGAACCCCAUCUGCAUCCAGAUCCCCUGGGACCGCAACCCCGAGGCCCUGGCCAAGUGGGCUGAGGGCAAGACGGGCUUCCCCUGGAUCGACGCCAUCAUGACCCAGCUCAGGCAGGAGGGCUGGAUCCACCACCUGGCGCGGCACGCCGUGGCCUGCUUCCUCACGCGCGGCGACCUGUGGGUCAGCUGGGAGAGCGGGGUCCGGGUGUUCGACGAGCUGCUUCUGGACGCCGACUUCAGCGUGAACGCGGGCAGCUGGAUGUGGCUGUCCUGCAGCGCCUUCUUCCAGCAGUUCUUCCACUGCUACUGCCCCGUGGGCUUCGGCCGCCGCACCGACCCCAGCGGGGACUACGUCAGGCGAUACCUGCCCAAGCUGAAAGGGUUCCCCUCUCGCUACAUCUACGAGCCCUGGAACGCCCCGGAGUCCGUUCAGAAGGCAGCCAAGUGCAUCAUCGGCGUGGACUACCCGCGGCCCAUCGUCAACCACGCCGAGACCAGCCGCCUCAACAUUGAGCGGAUGAAGCAGAUCUACCAGCAGCUGUCGCGGUACCGGGGCCUCUGUCUGCUGGCCUCUGUCCCUUCCUGUGUGGAAGACCUCAGCCACCCUGUGGCGGAGCCCAGCUCGAGCCAGGCCGGGAGCGUGAGCGGCGCAGCCCCGAGACCACUGCCCAGUGGCCCAGCAUCCCCCAAACGCAAGCUCGAAGCAGCGGAGGAGCCCCCUGGUGAAGAACUGAGCAAGCGGGCCAGGGUGGCGGAGGUGCCCACGCCGGAGCUGCCCAGCAAGGCCGUCUGAGGCCGCAGAGCCGUCGCUCCGGGAGCCAAGCCUGGGUGCCUGGGAAGCCCCGCGGCAGCGCGUGCGACCCGCAGAGAAGCCGACCGCUGACGGAGGCGGCGCGAACAUGUGUGCGUGUGUGUGUGCGCGUGUGCAGAGGAGGGAGCGGUGUGCCUGCGUGUGCAUGCGUCUGUUUACACUGUAGAGAUUCAGAAUGGUGCCCGGGCUGGCGGAGAGCCCGUGGCGCACUUCACCAUGAGUGCUGUUGCCCGGCCUCCGACACAAGGCUGGGCCGUGGCCGUGACCUCCGGCCAAGACCUGUCCCUGCGAACCGGCUGCCUGUCUGAACGGCCAUGGUGGCCGCCGGCAUCACCUCCCCCAGCCUCCUCCCUCUUCGCAUCAGGCCAGGUGCGGGAGGCCCGAGUCACUGGCUCUGGUCCGGAGCAUGGGGUUUAGAGGCAGCCGAGUCUGGGGGCUGGGCAGGUGGGCACGUGGACGCCAUCCGGCGUUGGGUUUUCCAGACGCUUCCCGGGCGUCUGGGACUUAGCACGAGGCUGUAGACCUAGGAAGUUCCUGCCGCAGCACCAAAGUCCACCCAGACACCUCCCCGUGUGGUGAGCGCCCAGCACCAUGGCUGGUGGCCUGAGACAGCCCGUCCGCCUCCUCAGGGCUCAGAGCCCGAGGCAAGGAGCCGAACUCCAGCUCUCACGUUCCUUCCAGAGCAGCAGGGAGCCAGCCUCCAGCCCGUGCGGGCGCUGUGGCGCAGCCCCCCCACCAGGAGGAGAGCAGGUGUGGGGACUCACAGGCCCCGGCCCCUCUGGCGGCACCCCAGGGCCUCCCAGUGCUGCCCGUGGGGACCGCUAGCCGGGGAAGCCGUUCUAGUCUGUUCUGCGGGCUUCCAGGGCCUGCCCUGGACUGGUCCGCAUCCAGGCUGCCACAUCAGCUGUCCUGGGCCCCAAGGCCCCAGGCGGAGGGACUCGGGGUGGGGCAGUGCCGGGGCAGUGGGCGCAGGUCCAGUAGAGGUCACACGCGGGGCACCACCCCUUCCAGAAACAGCAGGUGGGAGGUUGGACCCAGAGAAGCCAGGCCGUGCAUUCCAGGAGUGGCCUGUGCCUGCGCCUCCCCUCCUGCUGCCCGAGGCCUGUGUGGAGAGAGGGACAUGUAGUGGGCAGAGAAGUCUUCCUUCCACCCUGCGGCCUGCACUUGAGCCACCGAGAGAGUGUGUGUGCGUGUGCGUGUGCGUGUGCGUGUGUGCACGAGACUGCGAGGGCCAGUUCCCAUCGGGAGUCCAUCCUCACACGUCACGUUAAGCUGGCCUCCGGGCCUUCUCUCUACCUCCCCUGUGACCUUUCCCCUGGCCCCAGCCCCAGCCCCAGCCCUCACUGUCCUCUGUCCUUGGACCAGGAGCCGGGGUCAGGCUCGUGUCUCGGCUGUCCGGCACGUCCACAGGCUCCUCCCUGACAUGUCCUGAGGCGCCCUCAGCCAGAGAGCUGCCCAGUCCAGCUGUCGUGUUUGUCGCCCUCACCGGCCUGGGGGAGCGGGGUGCGGGUGGUGUGUUCUUAGCCUUGUUCCCACGGCCCCAGCCAGGAGGGGGGAGCACUGGGGUCGUUUCCAGAGGGAGUGGAGUGAGCCCCGGGCAGAGGGCCACACUCAGUGUUCACACAGCAGCACCUCCAGGUGUCAGGACACUCCCUGCUCCUGUAGACUGGUGACUGCUCCCCAGCCCUGGCCUGCUGCCUGUGGGGAGCGGCGCAGUCCAGUCCUAAGCCAGUGGGGCUGGGCUGAGCAGAGGGCAGUAGCCUGGAGCUCCUGAUGGAGUUGUGUGUCGCUUCUCCAGGCCCAGGCGGCCCCGGGGCCUGCCACAGGGCAGGGCCUCAGAUCUCGUCCGGAGGCCAGCAUGGGGAAGAGACGGUCGCAGGCAAAUGCACUUUACAGAGAUUCCCUGUUGCUGGGAAGGUGUGUUUCUCCCCCAGUUUGUUGUGAAUAGUCACUGUUUUAUAAACAUCCGAUCCCGUCUGAGCAAA